AAAAGCCCAUGCUCCAUGCUCCAUAGUCCGGAGAUUCCAGACUCUUUUUAUUUGGGCUUCGUAUUUUCUCUUUGCAUUUUUGGGGCAGCCAUGGCUGAGCAAAAACAGAGCGAACCAGAAGAGCUCAGCAAGAAACAGAGAAAGGAAAUCGCAAAAUGGUUUCUUAUCAACUCUCCUCCUGGUGAGAUACAGUACGUCGCCAAAGAUGUUGAAUCACUUCUGAUGGAUGAACAUGUAUACGAAAUGGCUGUUUCAGAAGCCUUUCCACUGUAUAAUAAAACACAUAUGAUUUGCCUUGAAAUGCCCAAUAGAAGCGGUGAGGUGUUGAUUACAGCAUUUGGAGAACUUGAUGGAAGUCACUACCUUGAUCCAAGAAAUGCACAAGUUGCAACUGUUGACCAUGUGAAACAAGUUUGUUCAAUGGUGAGACCUGCUACAGAUGAUGAGCUUCCUUCCUCGUAUGUGGAGGAAUUCCGGGGGGCACUGGAUGCAGAGCUUGUCAGAUACAUAAGUGAAGCAUAUCCCAAAGGAAUUUGUUCAGUCUAUUGCAUCAGCAGGAAAGAUGCUGAAGGACCGGGAUCAGAUUUUGAGUUGGUAGCAGUGAUAUCUGCUGGCAAACAUAGUCCACAAAAUUUCUGCAAUGGUAGUUGGCGCUCAGUUUGGAGGAUUGAGUUCAAGGAUGAACUACAACUUGUGGAGUUAAUAGGAAAGAUUGAGGUUGAUGCUCAUUAUUUUGAGGAAGGAAAUGUGCAGUUAGACACCAACCAUGAAUGCAAGGACUCCACAAUUUUCCAGCUUGCUGAAGAAUGUGCAGUUUCUUUAGCGAACAUCAUUCGCCACCAUGAGUCAGAGUAUAUUGCGGCACUUGAGGCAUCAUACUCAAAUCUGCCCGACACCACUUUCAAGGACCUUCGAAGGAAACUCCCAGUUACACGCACACUAUUCCCAUGGCAUAAUACUCUGCAGUUUAGUCUCACCAGAGACCUAACAAAAGAGCUUGGCAUUGGAAACUGAUUGAUAUUCUUUGGCGGCUAGAGAGAGAAGGUAUUUUCGUGUUGGGGCUUGAGAGAGAAUGUUUCUUCCUUGUUUCUUGACCCUCUAUUCUUAGUGGGGUUAAUUCUGGGUUUUAACCCCCCCACCAAAUGUUUGUGUUUCCCAAGAUCACACCAUAUAAUCUUACAUUGUAUAUUGAAAUUGGCGGGGUUAAUCUUUCCAAAAUUGUGUGCAUGUUUGGUUACGACUGAUUGUUGUGAAAUUCAUUGUGGGUUCUCAAAUUGUUAUGAC